AUGUUCGAGUUUAAUAUCGAUGAGACUACAGUAAGUUUUUAUUUCAAAUAAUUAUGAAUCUGAAAAUAUUAUGUUUGAAUUCAGGUUGAGGAUAAAAUGAGACGAUUGGUCUCAUUCUUCACAUCAACACCAUAUGAAGAAAUUACACCGUAAGAUUUGUUUUUUAUAAUUUUUAUAAAUCUCAAUUUCCAAUUUUCAGUGAAUUCAACAUUCAAACUGGUAUCGAUAAAGUUGAACGCAGUUAUUUUUUGAUGAUGAUGGCUGAUGCUUUGAGUGUACAUUUUGAAGUUCUUACUGAUAGUUCGGAUAUUGAAUCUGCAAACACUGUUCAAGAUCUUAUUGAUCGAGUUAACAAUGGUGGAAACUAA